GGCGAAGGCGGACGUAUGACGUCACCGUUGAAGCUGGAAGGUGUUUAUUGUUCCUUCUCGUUCAGCGAAAGAAAGGGGGUGGCAAAAGCGGAGGUAAACGAAUAUCACGGGCAUUUCUCGGAGGGCUGCAAGUAGCACUGUUUAAUAGAAUUAAACAGAAUAAAGGCCAAGACUGUAGACACAGCGUUCAUUGGCCAUGGCAUACGCGUACCUCUUCAAAUACAUCAUAAUCGGAGACACGGGCGUGGGGAAAUCAUGUUUACUACUACAGUUUACAGAUAAGAGGUUUCAGCCAGUGCACGAUCUCACUAUUGGUGUUGAAUUUGGGGCACGGAUGAUCACUAUUGAUGGGAAACAGAUUAAACUUCAGAUCUGGGAUACAGCAGGUCAGGAGUCAUUCCGGUCCAUCACCAGAUCCUACUACAGAGGGGCUGCCGGAGCCCUGCUGGUGUAUGACAUCACAAGAAGGGACACCUUCAACCACCUGACCACUUGGUUAGAAGACGCUCGACAACAUUCCAACUCCAACAUGGUUAUCAUGCUCAUAGGGAACAAAAGUGAUUUGGAGUCUCGGAGAGAGGUGAAGAAGGAGGAGGGUGAAGCCUUCGCCAGAGAACACGGUCUUAUCUUCAUGGAGACCUCCGCCAAGACGGCGUCAAAUGUAGAAGAGGCGUUCAUCAACACAGCCAAGGAGAUCUACGAGAAGAUCCAGGAAGGGGUCUUUGACAUAAACAAUGAGGCAAAUGGCAUUAAGAUCGGUCCUCAGCACGCUGCCACCAAUGCCAUGCUGUCAAGCAGUCAGGGGGGACAGCAGGCUGGGGGGGGUUGUUGCUGAGCCCUUCUUUCUGCCUGUACCCCCCCCCUCCCGGCUGGGCUCACCUACCCCCCCCUCCCCAGACCUCCCCGUAACCCUCUCCCAACCUCCCCGCCACCGCCCGGCCAGCGCAGACCACUCGCGUAACAGAUGGCUGUCCGUCAACAAGCCUCGGUCCUCUGCAGCCCCCGUCAAACUGGACGUCUGUUCCGGGCCCACAGCAGAUACGGCUACUGUUCACACGCAAGACACAAAUCUGAGGAUUCACAGUGCUUUUCAUUUGAUUUCUCAGUCCAGUCGUGAUCCAUCAUGUCUUAUUUCUUUUUGUUUUGUUUGUUUACUUGUUAUUUUGUGCCCUCUUUGACUUCCAAACUGAAUUGUAUUAAACACUACAAGGUCAUCUGAGUAUUUUAAUGGGUUCAUGUGAGUGAAGUCUUUCUGGCUAAAAUAAUUAUCAGCAGGGGCCACAUCAGCAGUUCCAGCCAUUUUCAAAAAUGAAGAAGUGGAAAGGAAAAAAAGCAGGACUAUUUUAAUUCUGUAUUUAUCAUUUACCUUCUGUAUAUAUAGUCAUAAUUUCUUGCUUUGGUGUAUAUUGACCAAGCUAGAGUUCUUUAAUGAAUUUGCUGAAAUUAUAUACUGUACAAUUAGAGCUUGAAACUGCAACAGUAUUGCUGUAGUCCCCAAACCUGCUUUUGACACCAUUUUUAAAAUCCUGUUUUACAUUACACUCUUUUAGUUCGUUCUGACACCCGCACCCCCUCGCCUCAACCCCCACCCCCCCCUUCCUCCCGAAACUCGCUCUGUGUAUUGUGACGAUGGCUCAAUAUUCUAUCUAUUUUAAUGCCAAAUUUUUGUGUUUACCUGUGUUCUGUAAUCACAUCUACAGAAGUGGACCACCUCCCCGCAGAGAAGAAUAAGCUGAUUGCCUUAAAAAAGCAGAUAUUUUAGUGGUACAUUAAAAUAAAUAAAAAAUUAUCGCAGUGGAUUGAUACUAACGACGCGAUAUGGAAAUGUUACGUUUCGUAUCAGAACUUCAGGUUCAGGUUACUCUGUGAUGGACGCCGGCGCAGGUGAACGUGACCGUAGUCGUGUGAGCGGGACUGCGAAGGCGGGAUUUAUUUGGCCGUACGCGGCCCGUUCAGAGAUGUGUGGUGAACACCUAGUCUAAAGUGAAAGGUAGUGUAUGUAAGAGCCAAACCUGGACCAUCUUUGUGACCUCUCCCAACUUUAUUUGCUGUGUUGGUUCUUCUUAAGAUGACAUGUUAAAACAAUAAAAAAAAAUCCUGUGGUUUAAAUGA